AUGGUUUCCGGCGCCGCGGGCUUGCGACCCCCCAGGGCCCCUGAGACACCCCUGCCCACCACUUCCGGGCGCGAGGGGCUGGUACAAUCCGCGUCCCUGGUGGAAGCGGCGUGGCAGAUGAUCCUCGGAUUACACCACAUCAUGCGUCGCACUCUUGCCGGCCCUGGUUCCUCCACCAGCACCUACAAGGCCACCCACGACCCCGGCCGCAUGUACGGCGCCGCCCCCACCGGCCCCGGCUUCCGUCGCUCCGGUGAUCUGGCCGGCCCGACCUCCUCGCACGCCGGGUACACCUCGACCCACGACCCGGGUGCCAUGGCCCCCGCCGGCAACACCGACGGCAACUACCACCGCCCGAUGGGUAACCGCGCUGGCCCGACCUCCUCGCACGCCGAGUACACCGCCACUCACGACCCCGGCAAGCAGGCUGACCCCGGCAAGCAGGCCCCGGCCGGCAACACCGACUCCGGCUACCACCGCCCGAUGGGCGACCGUGCCGGGCCCACCUCCAGCCAUGGCACCUACACCGCCACCCAGGACCCCGGUGUCCAGGCCCCGGCCGGCAACACCGACUCCGGCUAUCACAACCAGUAA